AUGGCUUCUUGUUUGAAUCUUCAAGGAUUGUGUGAUAGUGCGUAUAAGGUGAGUUCAGCACAUUUAAAGAACAAGGAAAAUACAUCUGACCGACCUGACGUCUGUCAGACAAAUAGCAUCGAAAUAUAUCUUGGAAACAGGUGUCGGACGAAUGUCCACUUUGGUGGGUAUGUAUGUGUACUUGUAUAUUAUUAUCAUUGUAAAUCUAAUUGAAACAGGAGACUACCUUGCAUGGGUUUUAGAGUCCUGUUCACACUCUUACCUCUUGAAGCAAAGACACUAUAUGUCUUGACAACUCGCUGCUUUGACAAAGACUUGAAGUCUUGACAACAUCAGUUUCCACUACUCACAGAAUAAAACUUAGUUAAUCAUAUAUUUUAAUUGUAUUUUUCAUACUGCAAUACAGUUUCCACUAGCUGCCCAAAGACUCAAAGUCUUGACAACAUAAGUUUCCACUACUCACAGACUGGCCCUAUAGAAAAUGGAGGUCAGUCGAGAGUUUGUGAGCUCUUCCCCCUACGUUUUCUGGGCUUCGUUUUAUUGGUUUAUGGGAUUCGAACGGCGAUAUAUGAUUUUCAACGGAAUAAUGUAGCUCAAAGGAGAUAUUUGUUGAACUUUGCUGGUUCUUGUUGCGAAUUAAGUCUUUUAUGGGACAUUACUGCUUUGUUCGAUGACCAACCUAUAACUGAAACUGAUUUUAAAGAUGAAUUGAUUGGACUUACUAGCAAGUAUUUUAUGAAUGCGAGUACUCGUUGCUCCAUGUUCAAAGCUGGUGCUAAAAUAACAGGAACUUACGAGGUUAAGUUACACUAUGACAAGGAAAACUUAAAAUGCAAGCUUGUUGUUGUUUAAAAAGUACGAAAAUUUGCAUUCUACCUCGAAUGACAGUAGCCAACAUCAGUGAAGCGAAGCAGAUGAAACAAUGCAUCGUGAAACACUUUCUAAAGGGUAGAGUGCUGUAUUCAGUUAAUGGCACUGCUUCUUAUAAUCACAAAGUUUUACAGCUUAUUUUGAACGGAGAUAUUCACUCACUUCCCUGCCCAACCUCCAGCACAACUACGAAGCUAAAUGCCCAAUAUGUGAGAAGACAGUUAGACAACAUCAUAAAUGUCAGGGCACUUGAAGAAAAAGAGCACUUGAAGAAAAGAGCACUUAAAGAAAAGAGCACUUGA